ACCUUUAAAAAUAUAAAUAUAUACACCAGCUAUACAUUAUGGAAUCCAUCCAACUCAAGUCAACCUUCCACCACUCCACCAGCACCCAUACCUACUCCAUCCGCUGGACAUCUCUCGGAAACAGCACCUCCCCACCCCUAAUCUUCGUCCACGGCACCCCCUGGUCCUCUCUCGUCUGGCAUACCUAUGCAAAAUCCCUCUCCAAACACUUCCACGUCUACCUCUUCGACAAUCCCGGUUUCGGCCACAGCCCACUGGGAACACCCCUCCCGGGAAAGAAAGAAACAAUCACCAAAGAAACCGCCCUAGACGCAGACCUCGCGCAGCAGUCCGAGGUCUUCGCCGCGCUGUACAAUUUCUGGGCCGGGGACUGGCAUUCCCAGCAUGCGAAGGCGCAUGUAAUCGCACAUGAUCAUGGCGGGCUCAUGGCCCUGCGCGCGCAUUUAGUGCAUGGGUGCGCCUUUGCAAGUCUCUGCCUGAUUAAUGUCGUUGCGCUGGGUCCGUUUGGACAGCCGCUGUUUAAGCUUAUUGCGGAGAAUGAGGGCGUGUUUGAUUCCCUAACUGGUCCGGUGUUUGAGGGCGUUGUGGAGGCUUAUAUUCGGGAUGCGGCUUUUACUGAGUUGAGUAAGGAAGAUAUGGAGGUGUUGAAGAGGCCGUGGGUUAAGAGUGAGGAGGGGAGGAGGGGCUUUGUGCGCCAGAUGGUGCAGGCGAAUAGUCGCAGUACGGAGGAGGUGGAAUGGAGGUAUCCUGAGGUUGGGAAGAAGAUGCCGGUGCUUGUUGUCUGGGGCGAGGAGGAUAGAUGGAUUCCUGUUGAGACGGCUGGGAGACUCAAGGAGAGGCUGAAUGCGAGGGAGGUGGUGCUGAUCGAGGGGGCUGGCCAUUUGGUGAUGUAUGACCAGCCGGGGAAGUUGGGAGUUGAGCUGGGCUGGUGGUUGAGUUCUGUUCAUUAAUGCUGAUCUG